AUGACGUACAUCAGGGGUCUCCAAAACGGUCCUCGAGGGCCGAGUUCGCUGGCGUCGGUUCCUCUCUUUCUCGGCGCUGACCUCUUGGCCAACACGAAUGUCCGCUCUGAGAACCAUCCCAGGCAUCAUGCCAAGUUUGCCCGGAAAGGCCUUGCGACCAAAAUCCAUUUUUCUUCAGCCUUCAGGUUUCAGGGGUUGAAGGUGGCACCAUCCAAUAACGGGUUGUGGUUCUACACAAUUCAUGGUCUUUUCCGGGUGGCCUUUGAGAUGUACACCAAGCGGGAGCAACUGGCAGUGCUUGACAACUUCCAAGAUGUGUGGAAAUCUCAAAUGAGUGACAGUGCACUGAAAACCAGUUACAGCCUGACUGUGCAGCUGGACACAGCAGCUGGAUUGAACGCCGUGAAUGAAACGCCAAAUGAGCAAACACCCAAGCAAUUGGAGAAUACAAAUAAAGAAAUGCAGUCAGACCACUGUUAUUCCACCCUGCAGAGCUCCGAAACCUUAUCUGCUCUUGGAAAUAAGCUUAGGAGCCUAAGUGACAAACUGGCGACGAUAAACUUGGCGGAGCAUCAUCAGGAGCCGGUCCUGCUCCUCCUGGACCAUGCAGAAUGCUACCUAAGCGGGACAGCGGCAGAACGAGACGCUGCGGAGACAUCGUUGGCCGGCUGGUUAGGCCGCCGGUUCGCCGCGGCCCACGCUGACAUCAGCCGGCGGGUGGAAGCCUUCAAAGAGCGCCACAUCCAGAGGAUCGGGGAGCUGCCGCCGGCAGAGGAGCUGUCUACGCAGCUCUUCCCGGAUGCAAUGAGGACCCUACUGCUCAACUGGAUGGGACUGAGUAGGGAUGAAGACUGGGCCAAGAGGCAAAGCGAGUACCCAAUCCUGCUUCUCAUGCUGGAAUUUGCAAAUCACAACCUCAUCACCGGUGUGGCACACGUGCUUUAUUCCACUUUGAUCUGCAAGUAG